CGGCGGAGCCGGCGGCGGAGCAGGGCGGCGGCGACUCGCAGGGUACCACCAUCUUAAGAACAGAAAAGCUACAGGACUCUAGGAGGCCACUGUCCUGAUUUGGGAAGUCCAACUUACUUUGGCCAGACAGCAGCUAAGCUGGUUCAUCCCAUCAGCCUGGAUUGGUGAAACUGAAUCACAGGAGAUAUUUCCAGGUUUGCUGGGAUGGGAAACCUGCUCAAAGUCCUUACCAGGGAAAUUGAAAACUAUCCACACUUUUUCCUGGAUUUUGAAAAUGCUCAGCCUACAGAAGGAGAGAGAGAAAUCUGGAACCAGAUCAGCGCCGUCCUUCAGGAUUCUGAGAGCAUCCUUGCAGACCUGCAGGCUUACAAAGGCGCGGGCCCAGAGAUCCGAGACGCAAUUCAAAAUCCCAAUGACAUUCAGCUUCAAGAAAAAGCUUGGAAUGCGGUGUGCCCUCUUGUUGUAAGGCUAAAGAGAUUUUACGAGUUUUCCAUUAGACUAGAAAAAGCUCUUCAGAGUUUAUUGGAAUCUCUGACUUGUCCACCCUACACACCAACCCAACAUCUGGAAAGGGAACAGGCCCUGGCAAAGGAGUUUGCUGAAAUUUUACAUUUUACCCUUCGAUUCGAUGAGCUGAAGAUGAGGAACCCGGCUAUUCAGAAUGACUUCAGCUACUACAGAAGAACAAUCAGUCGCAACCGCAUCAACAACAUGCAUCUAGACAUUGAGAAUGAGGUCAAUAACGAGAUGGCCAAUCGAAUGUCCCUCUUCUAUGCAGAAGCCACACCAAUGCUGAAAACCCUUAGCAAUGCCACAAUGCACUUUGUCUCGGAAAACAAAACUCUGCCAAUAGAGAACACCACAGACUGCCUCAGCACAAUGACAAGUGUCUGUAAAGUCAUGCUGGAAACUCCGGAGUACAGAAGUAGGUUUACGAGUGAAGAGACCCUUAUGUUCUGCAUGAGGGUGAUGGUGGGAGUCAUCAUCCUCUAUGACCAUGUCCACCCUGUGGGAGCUUUCUGCAAGACGUCCAAGAUCGAUAUGAAAGGCUGCAUAAAAGUUUUGAAGGAGCAGGCCCCAGACAGUGUGGAGGGGCUGCUAAAUGCCCUCAGGUUCACUACAAAGCACUUGAAUGAUGAAUCGACUUCCAAACAGAUUCGAGCAAUGCUUCAGUAGAGCUCUGCUCAAAGAAGAGGAUCUAUGUGCUGACCUCAGAAGAUGUAUAUGUUUACAUAAUUUAAUACAGAUUGAUGUUAAUACUUGUGUAUUUACAUAACCGUUUCCUUCUUGUCACUGAAAUAUAUGGACCUUAAUUUGUAUCCUGACUGACUCAACCCAGCAGAGCAUAAAUUGACUUGAGAGCCUUACCUUUGAUGUCUGAAAUGAAACCCCCUUCUCCAAAGGCAAAAUUCGGAGACUUUGAUCUUUGCUACUGGAGUCCUUUAGCAACACCUGUAACGAUAAAAAAUUCCUAAUUGUUUGUGGUAGUAUUUUCAUUCUAGAUGUGUUAUCUCUCUGGGAAGUAUAGUUUAUAGAAACACAAAGUAUUUGAUUUCCUGUGUCGGCUCAGCUACAAGAAACACAACUGUUAUCUUGACAGAGGAAGAGAGGAAUCCAAGAAAAAUGCAUGUGGAGAAUUAAACCCAAGUGUUUUGAAUUCAGCACACCCCCCUCUGUCCUCAGACUGCAGUCUACACGUGCAACUUCUCUGUUUGCACGUGUUUUAUUAAUCAGCAUAUUCCUUUUCUGUUUGGAUUUAUAUCCCUCUAAUGUUCUCCUUUAAUUUCACAAGAAAAAAAAUCUCCUGUAUUUUAAUCAGUUAGUGGGAGAGCAGCAGAAAUAGAUAGAUGUGCUAUUGCCACUGGACUGAUGAAGGUGGCUGUCUUGGAACUGGGAGACAGGUUCUCAGAGGUGCACUCAGGCAACAGGACAGCCAUCUCUCUGCUUCAACCCUCUGCCUACAGGGAUUAGGGAAAUGGAGCUUUGGCUUUGAAGUUAUUUGUGAGUUUAGCAACCUUCCAGUUACCUGCAGAGUUCUGGGUGCACAGCCACCCCUCAUAGGAGUCUUGUUCUCUGAAGACCAUUCAUAUGAGAACAAAGGUCUAGGAUACUGCAUUAGUUACCAGAAAACUAGGGGAAUUUAGAGGGGAAAAAAAAUCCAAUCCAUGUUUUCUGUUUCCCAGGAUUUUAAAAAGUAGCUCUUCCCCAACCCUGUUGCUAGCUUGUUGCAAUAUAAAAGCCCUGGUGCACCUGAAUUUACUCCUGGCCUUACUAAUGAUUCAUAGUGUGAUCUUGGGAAACGUGUUUAAGCUUUCUGAGUCUUAACCUCCUUGUCUCUAAAACGGGCAGUUAAAACAAUCUUCAAGAGCCCUGUAAGGUUAACGCUGAUAAAACGACUGACUCCGCCCUUCUUCCUUAGUAAGUAGUAUCCAGAAAGCAUUGCCCCACCUUGUCUUGUUGAUGAACAAUAUUAUGAAGCCUGAAGUCAUUCUCUCUGUAGAUCAGAGCUUAGUUCGAAUGGAAUCAUGAAAAUCUCUGAUUCUGGCCUCCUAAGGAAAAAUGAAACCCAGAGGAUGUGGUCAUACAGGAUGGCUCCCAUGCGGUCCUAGAACCCAGGAUGCUUCACUCUUGACUCCAUGCUCUUCCUUUUAUACCGUGUGGCUGUGAGUACAUACUAUGGGAUGGGAUUCAACCCUUCUAAGUAAAUCCUCAGUCUGGUCUAUAUUGUUACUUGCCUGUUUCCACUAGAAGGAGUCACCCAGACAUUUAGUGAGUGAUAAUCCUAGAAGUUGAGUCUGAGUACAUCAGAGUUUGUCAUUAUUUGCAACAUCCCAGGGAUGAUCUGUAAGACUCCAUUGCUUUCUGGACUUUAGUGACCAGCUGAUCUUCCCUUGGAUCCUCCAAGAAAGGGGAAAAAAUACUUGUCUUAUGUUGUUUUAGCAAGGGAGUUCAGCGAAGUGGCAGGAGAGAUUCCCUGGUCUGCAUCUAAACAUCAGUCAACAGAGAAGGAAAAGGCUCUUUUCCUUGGAGAUUUUCAAGUUGAAGAAGUACAGCUGCUUGGAUGGAGGUUCUCUCAUCAGAAUAGAAAUGUGCUAGAUGGUCUUCAAGACCUUUUUGAACCUAUGGAUUCUAAACCUUAGAGGAAGCCAGAAUAUGUGAUUAUACCAGAUGAGGAAAGUUAGGAGAUAUUCAUCUUAAGAGAUAUUCUAUUUGGCAGUCACAUGUUACACUUGAGCAACAAUUGUCUAGACUAGAAAUAUAGAACCACACAAUGUUUAUCAUCAUUGGGUCAAUUUCUCCCCCUCUUUCAAGUGAGGAGAUUAAGGCUUAAAGAAAGGAAAGGACUUGCCAACCACCACAGGGCUCAUGAGAGGCUUGAACCCAUGUCGUGUGCCUCUACCACAGCUGACUCUCAGCUGGCUAAAGGAGAAAAUGUGAGGAAUUACCUGUCAGACUGAGUUCAGAGUAAAUAGAUGAGCACAUUUAUAACUCUAAAUUAGACUUUCUAUCAAAUGGGACCAAACAUAUGGAAGGGGCUGCUGUCCUGCCUCAAUUUAGCCAGGCCACCUUGUCUCAAAGCCCAGACUCAGCAGUACAUGGAUUCUGGGAAGUCCGGGGUCUGAAUUGUUGUCUCUGAUUACUGGAAGGACAGGUUAACUGAAUGUCUGUGAUCACUAACAGGUGAUGGGCUUUGUGCCCACUCCGGAGACAUUGUGGGAGACAAAUUCUUUUAACAGCCUGUCCUCCCGCCAUCAGGAGUCAUUGAACAAUCAUGGAUUGUUGUGUUUGGGUUUUUUUUUUUUUUUGCUUUGUUUUUGGUUUUGUGUGUGAGUGCGUGUGUGUGUGUGUGCUGCAUGCACAUGCGUCCAAGACUUAUGGGUGGUUUAGGGGAAAAUGCUAGCAACAGUAUCAAUGUCAUUGUUAACUAUAUUUCAUAUUUGAGGUCUCAUUGUUUUCAAAUAAACAGUGUUUUCCAUGACUGAGAUAUUUAUUUUUGGGAAAGCAACAAGGUAAAAAUUAUGUUUCUCAGAUGCACUGCUACUUUGGCAUUAUUACUGUGUUCUCAGAAACUCUUUGUGCGCCACUAGGAAUUAGUAGUAGAAAAAAAACCAACAACAACAGCAACAACAAAAAAAAAACAACUGGAAAUGGAUGUCUUCACUUUAGGAGUGGAGUAUUAACAACCAGAAAGAAAGUUUGGAUAUUGCCUUUUAACUACUAGUUAACAUCAUGCUUGAUCAACAUUUGCUCCUAGUUAUCACCAUUAAAUUAAGACAUUAAUGGUAAACUGAGGUUACUGAUGCAUCAUCACAUUUAAGUAAAAAUAAUUUCAUGCUUUCCCCAAAGAAAAAUUAAGCCUCCCAAUCUUAGGAUCCAACUGUGUGGUAGAAUUCAGAGACUUCUCAUUCAAUCUUAUAUCCUAUGCAGCUACAAAUAUUUUUUAAAUGUUAGUAAUAAACAUUGGAAUUUUGUCUUAAAGAGUUCAAAACCUUGGAACCCAGUUUUCUCACUACAUCUGUAAAGGCCAUUACAGACCCAAAGCUGUUUUGAAGUUUUCAUAUGUUGUUUGCUGAAGUCAUUGUAAUUUUUUUUGCCUGCUUUGCCUUUUUUGUACAGGGGUUUUGAGUGUGAAAUGAAAAUUAAAGUUUGGUACAUAUAUUUAAAAAUGCACCUCUAUUUUAUAUGAUGCUCAGGGUUGAGUGGGUGAUAAGCACAUGAUGAUUAGUCUACAUAGAUAUUUGCUAGAGACGUACUCUGAGAAGAUCACACCAGCAGCCCUUCACCUCUCUAUACCUGAAUUUCUUAAAAAAAAAAAAAAGUCAUACACAAAAUGUGCUACUCUUGGUACCAGCUGUCUUUUGUUCAUUUUGCAAGAGAACCCUGAAUAACAGCCAAAGGCAGGAAAUUACAAAAAAAAAAAAA